AAAGAGCGAAGAAAAAGCAAAGGCGAUUUAAGAUGAAACAAAUCGGGGAACUCGACCCGACGUCCAUCUCAACUCGCAUGUCGGAAGCAGGGCGCUAAGAACGACAUGGGGACGCAAAAGGGAAAGAAGAGGGAACAGGACGAUGCGCGGGGCUCGUCGCUUUCCAAUGACUCAAGCCGGUCAGCCGACGAGGCUGAUGGGCCGCCGGCAGCGGCCGGUGGGCCAAACGACGAGCGGAGGCAUGACGACAAGAAGCAUAAGCAGAAGAAGAGAAGGGGUGCAAACGCCUGCGUGAUUUGCCGUCGGCUCAAGAUGCGCUGCGUGCCGCUCGAGCCCGAGCUCGCUGAUCGCGAUAACCCCGGUCCUCCAUGCCAGCGCUGCGCCCGGCUGGGCCACGAGUGCCGCUUCGACUCGCUGCCGCGCGGCAUGAGGGCCCAGCAGGCGAGGCUGCUGCUGCUCCAGCAGCACCUCCAGCGCGAGGCUUCUGCGCCCCCGCCGGGUUCGUCCGUAAAUGUGGCAGAAGGCAAAGACAAGGAAGGAAUGAUGCUCUUGGCGAAGCUCGAGGAGGCACGGAGGCAGCUCGAGGCCCACAAUGCACGGCAGCAGGCGUCCCGCGCUCCUGCAGGGUCAGAGGCGGAGGUAGCCUUGCAACAGCAGCAGCAGCAGCAGCAGCAACAACAACAACAACAGCAAAAGCCGUGGCUGGCGACGACAGGAGCGACACAGGGCAAUCAGACAUCGCCGGUCAGUUCCAACUCCGGCGGCUCAGCCUGGACGGCAACGGACACGCCCUGGAUUGAGCAUGACGGCGUUCACUGGCCUUUCGCCUCCUCUUCCUUGACGACAUCGGUGACGGGCGCAUCCCAAGAGCUUCCCUUCCAGACUGUUAUUCCCGGUGCAGGCGCAGGCUCAGGCUCGAGCACCAGCUCGGGUCCCCAGUCCCGACGCGAGAGCCGGCAGAGAGAGAAAAAGAGGCGCAAGCUAGGCCCGCUGCUGCCGUCUGACAGCCUCAUGGACCCUCUCGGCAUGCUGGCCGAGGCUUCGCUGGGCAACGAUGGCGACGAAGCCAAGAUUGGUGGCGACGAAGACGAGGAGAAGGGCGGAAAGGGAUUGGUGAAUGCGACGACGCCUGUCGCUGCCGCUGCGGCGGCGGCCAAUGCGGGGCAAGAGGUGACGAGCGAGCGAUACUUUCGACGGAAGAAUAAGGCAGCUCCAUUUCGGCGGGGCAACGAAGAGUGUCACGGUCACCGCCUGCUCGAGUCGGGCCUGCUGUUGUGGGCAGACGUGUGCACCUUCUUUGACGUCUUUUUCGACCGCUGUGCCCAGCACUUUCUCCUCCUCGACGCCAAUUUCCACACGCCGGACCUCGUCGCCAGUCGGUCGGCCUUUCUCCUCGCCGCCAUCUGCACAGUGGCGAGCCGGUACGUGGGCGACGAGAGGCGCGCGGGGCUGAAUGGCGAGUGCUUCGACGAGGCCACGCGCCUAGCUGCCCAGUGCCUAACCAAAGGCACGAAGAGCGUCGAAAUUGUGCAGGGCCUGCUGCUCCUAUCGAUGUGGAUGCCUGCCUCCAAGCACUGGGAGGACGAUCGCGCAUGGGUAUACAGCGGCCUGGCGAUGCGCAUCGCCACCGACCUCGGCCUGUCGUACCACCAGGGCGCCUUUGACGACAUGCCCUACGACGUGCGGCUCGAGGUGGUGAAUCGGCAGCGGACGUGGCUGUGCUGCUACGCCGUCGACAAGAGCUUCUCGGCCCUGAUGGGCAAGCCAGACAUGCUCCACGACGACGACCUGAUCGUGCACUGCCGCUGGUGGUGCCUCAGCGCUAGCGAUGGGCGCGAAGACGAACGGCUUGCUCGGCCAUGGCACGCCGCCAUCGCAGCCUUUGUCGACCUGCUCCGCACGCUGUGCAGGCAGCUCAAGCACCUCCGCUCAUGGAACCUUUCCCGGCCGACGACGACGACGACGAUGACGAUGAUGGCCAAGACGACCACCACCACCAAAGCGGGGUCCACUCACGAGGACGAUGGACACGAUGCCAAAAUGGUCUCCAUCAACAUCUUCAACGAGGAGCUCGACGAGUGGAACAGCUUCUGGAAUUCGCGCAAGCUCUUUACGCUGCCUGAACGAUGCAAGACUGCCGAGCUGGACCGCGAUUCGAAGCUGCUCCUCUCGCUGCACCAGCAGUGGCCUCUCCGGCUGAGCUAUGCAAGGCUCAUUGUCAACUCCUUUGGCCUGCAGCAUUGCCUCAAUCGCCAAAAGAGGCGAGGCAAGGAGGGUGUCGAUGUAGGGCUUUUCUUUGCCGUCUGCUGGCGAUCGGCACGCGGUGUCAUUCUCGCCGCCAAGGACGGCAUGCGUGGCUCGCUGCGCUGGGGCGCAGACACGCAGCUCGUCAUGGUUACAUACGCCAGCGUCUUUCUCCUCAAGCUCGUGCGCAGCCAGGCCAAGCUGGCAGAGUAUCACAACAAGGCCGAGGCUAUCGCCCUCGUCCGCGAUGCCGCCGACCUGUUGGGCAGCCUUGCAGCGGGCAAGACGCACACGGCUACACUCUAUGCCAGUUUUCUGCGCUCGCUUCUCGACGCACAGCCCCAGGCAGACACUGACGCCACGCAAGAGCAGCAGCAGCAGCAGCAGCAGCAGCCCACGCCGACGCAGCCACAUACUGCACCGACCAUCCCCACCACCGCGGAUAGCUUCGACAUGCCGUUGAACGGGCCCGACACGUUCAAUUUCCUUGCGGCGCAGUCCCAAGACGACCCGGCAAUCUCGGCAGAGUGGAUCUCUAGUCUCGAAGACCUGCCCGCGUUCCACAAUACGCUAAUGAACCUGCCAGAGGACGGCAUCCUCAACGACAGCUUCUGGUCCGAGCUGCUGCCCUCCUACGGCUAUAGCCAGCCGCAUCCCUACGACGCUGCCCCUUCUGCAUUGCAGCCCGUGAAUCUGCCUUUUCAGCAUUCCAGUACUUAAGCGCAGACGUCCUUCAUAGCCAGCCCACUUCGGAGCCAGCCCCCUUCAUAGCCAGCCCCAUUCGUAGCCAGCCCCCUUCAUAGCCAGGCCCUACUGUAUCAUAGCAUAAGCCUCAUCGCACCGCAACAUUCAUGUCGUGACCUGAGCCAAGUGCAG